CGGGAAGUGCAGAGUGACUCCAGUAUAUAUCAGGAGUGACUCCAGUAUAUAUCAGGAAGUUUUCUAUGCGAGACACAUCACUGGGAUCAAAUAUGGAGAUUAUCCACCUCAGUUUCCUCGUGUCGCUGUGCUUUGGAGUCCAUGCGUGGUCUUCUGAAGUUUUGCAACGACGAAAAAGAGCCUGGGUCAUAGAUACCUUUGCUAUUGAUGAAGGUUACGAAGGACCAUUCCCAUAUUUGCUGGGCAAAGUUGGAGUUGAGAACGAAAUCAGCCUUUACAAGAUAUCUGGUCAAGGCGUAGAUAUGGAACCUAAGGGGGUCUUACAAAUCAACUCAAAUACUGGAGAGAUUACUGUGAAUCGACCUGUGGACUAUGAGGAAUUUCAGAAAUUUACAGUGUCCUUUUCGGCGAUUAAACAUAAUCAUGAAGUGGACACAAAACUGGGCGUUGAGAUACUGAUUCUGGAUGCAAAUGACCACGCUCCAAAAUUUGGACUUCAAAUCUACUCCAUUAAAAUAAAAGAGUCAACUGCACAAGGCACUUCUCUGAUUAUCAUCAGUGCAACAGAUGAUGACGGCGAAGCAAAUAAUAAACAAUUUAACUUCAGGAUUGUCAAAGUCACUCCUCAACCACAAGAUCUGGAGUUCUACUUAACCCAAACGUCUGGCGCAUCAACUGGAAGCCUUUCGUUUAGAGGAUGCCUGGACCAUGAGAAAGCAUCGAAAUACACCAUUGUAGUGGAGGCCAAGGACCGUGGGGAGAAAAAACAACUUUCCAGCUCGUGCACUAUCAUAGUCGACAUAGAAGAUGGCAAUAACCACCUUCCUGUGAUCACACAUCACACUGGUCCAGGAAAAGUCAAGGAAGGUCAGGUAGAUGUCCUUGUUUCCCAACUUCACUUUAAAGAUGAAGACACCAAAGGCACGGCAGGUUGGAGAGCAAAAUACCAAAUCCAUGGAGACACGAAAAAUAACUUCGAGAUCACUACUGAUCCUGAGACGAACAACGGACUGCUCUACGUGAAAAAGCCUCUGGACUAUGAAGAAGAAUCAAUAAAACACAUAAAUAUCACUGUAGACAAUGAGGCCCCCUAUCAAUCGUGCAGAGUGGAACGACGCAUUACUGGACAACUUUGGCAAGUAGCCAAUAUUACUGGUUCUUCUAUGACUGUGGCAGGACAGUUUCACCGUAAAACCGCCUACCAAGUGACCAUCACCGUGGAGGACGUCAACGAUCCUCCAGUCUUCGAAGAAUCGAACAUAAAUGUCCGUGUGUCUGAGAAUGUUAAGGAGAAACACUAUUUGGUCACGCUGAUAGCGAGAGACCGUGACGUCACCAGCGGAAACACAGUUGUAUACAUGAAAGGAGAUGACCCAGCUAACUGGAUUUCAGUGGACCCCAACACUGGAAUCGUAACCACAAUAAAUACAAUAGACCGGGAAAAAUUAACAACGGUAGACAGUAUCUACACCGUUACAGUAUUUGCUGUCGAUAAUGGUAAACCCCCACAGACGAGCACCGCAACUCUCAGCAUCCACGUUGAGGAUGAAAAUGACAACACUCCAUCCCUGGUAGAAAAGUCAAUUCACGUGUGCCAGUCGGACGGACGCUCUAUGGCAAUCAUCACAGCUUCUGACCCUGAUGUCGAUCCCAACAGCGGGCCUUUCAACUUCAAGCUCCACGGAGAUGUUGAGGGAAUCUGGGCCGUUAACCCUGAGAACGGGUACUCGGUGAACCUGGUGAAGGAGGGACAAGUUCAUUCCGGACACUUCACGUUGAUGCUAGAAGUGUCUGACCUUCAGGGGUAUAAAGCUUUCCACGACUUGUCCGUCACUGUCUGCACCUGCUCUAACCCAGCAGAGCCAAACUGUGGCGUGAGAGGAUCUCCUACGACCACUUUUGGAGCAGGAGGGUGGUUGACUCUUCUUUUGUGCUGUGCACUGGCAGUGCUUCUUUCAGUUGUUUGUGUGGGACAAGGACGGAAAGAAAUAUUGCCAGAUGUAGAUGUUUGUGAAUCAACUCUGAUUAAAUCGAACACUGAAACCCCAGGCUCCGACUGCGAUGUGGACAGUCACUGGAAGACGAUUCAGAGGCCGAUAAAAAAUCAGGGAGGUUUCAGUGGUCAGGUAUCAACAGGUGGAUAUACCACAUACAAGGGAAGAAGAGAAGGGCAAGAGCUGAUAGAUAACUCAGCAAGUGCAGGAUCUCAAAUCAAUGAAGUAACAGUCAACAUAACUGACGGGAACAUUAUCCACAAGGACACUUUUGGGAUGCAACAAGUCAGCGGAUGGAACCAACAGCAGGACACUUUUGGGAUGCAACAAGUCAGCAAUGUAUGGAACCAACAGCAGGGAACCUUUAGCAGUCAGGUAUCAACAGGUGGCCAUAAAGAGGCGUAUGCCAGAUGGAAGAAACAGCAGGGAACUUUAAGUAGUCAGGUAUCAACAGAUGGCCAUAAAAAUGCGUAUGCCAGAUGGAACCAACAGCAGAUGAUGACUCGCUCAAUAGGUAGAGGAUCACGGGCCAGUUCACGCUACUCCAAGGGAAAUGCUGUGUUUCGUAAAAACAGUUUUAAUACGGUUGCGUUCGGAGGCAACAUAGAUUUACUGAAAGUCCAGAUAAAUAAGAUGGUGGGCACUCUCCGGGCACAAGGCCAAGAGCUGGGUGACUACGAACCUCACGUGUAUGCUGAGGAGGGAGAGUCAGAGGACACCAUUGAAUUUGAUGCACUCUCCAUCCCUGAAGUUUCCUUUGACCCAGACUCGGUCCUGGAUUUGAAGUUCAAGAACCUGGCGGCAAUCUGCAUGCAAAGUGACAGCACUAGCACACAACUAAAUGAAGAAUCCUUCACAUUCACCAAAGAAUAUAUUUCUUCGGUGAAUGCUGAUGAGUACCAGUCAGUGCACAUCCUAUCAAGUAGCAUUGUUAGUUAGUUUUGGAGAUGUUGUAUGAUAUCUUGAGAAGUGAAAAAAAAUGCAGUCACACCGAGGACACAUUGGACAAACUAAACAUCCAGCAAAUGUGAAAUACCUUAAACGUCCAAACACAUUAGGAUGGAUCAGUUCCAAGCUGAAAACCUGAUUGUUCAACUACUAAGGAUUUGGUCAGAUGAGAGAUUAUUAUUAUAAUUAUUAUUAUUAUUAUCAGUCAGGGGGUUCAGCAGCCUUACGCCGUGAUGACUAACAGCAAUUUGUGCUAAAAUAACACUUAAGGAAUUAAUUUAUAAUCCAUAGUGUCUGCAUCUCUGAGUGACGCUACAAAUGGCCCAGACUGAGGAAAAACAUCUCAAUAAGAGCUGCACGCAUGUUGUCACAUUUCAAAGCUGUUCAUUGUUCUGUGGUAUUCGUGUGGCCAGCGUUACCGUUUCUUUAAAAAAAAAAAAAAAAAAAACACUUUUUAAAUGUCAAGGCUGCUUUGCUUGAAUUAUUUUGUGUGGUCAGAGGACGUGUUUACAAUUUUUGUCUCUCACACAAGCCAUAGUGAUGAUGUGCAGCCAAAAAUAAUAUGGACCAAAAACACAGAGAAGCUGUGUAUCCUUUGAAUUGACACAGAAGUCCUGUGUAUUCAUCCUCUCACAACUGUAACUAAUUCCCUAAUUCAGUUAAACCUCAGUUAAUCCUACAGCCGGAAGGUAUUGCCGGAGACAGUGCUGCAUCGCAUUGACACGAUUCCAGACGCGCUGAGCUAAAGUUGCACAACUGUAUGUGUGUGAACAUGUCAACAGAAGAGAUCGUAUCAGUAUUUACGAAAACUAGGAUCGUUUUUGUGGGAAAUGUGGGAAAAAAUUGUAUCAUAACAGGGCUGAGGGUGUGCUAUUCUUUUUGUCUUUCAGAUACACUAAGAUUCAUUUUAGGACAUGUUUGUUUGUGCACUCUUUUGUGUAUAAAAAUGUUUCUCUCACUAUUGCACUAUACUUUCACUGGAACAAGAAGGAAAUAGUUUUUAGUUGUCUUUGGGUACCUUAAGGCUCAUGUUAGACCACUUUUGUUGUUUUUGAGUCUGUUGGUGUGUAAUUGUGCAUAACGUCAGUGUUUGCAUGCAUUCUGUAACGGGUCAUAUCAUUAUUUUUGAAGUUUUCUGAACCAUUCUUCAGUUUGCCUUCUGGGAAAUGAUUGUAAUAAAAUCUAUGUUUAUUAA